CAGGCGACUCUAAUGGAUUUUUCAAAUAUCACCAACUGCUGUGAACUUAAUGAGCACAUCCCUAACGACAUUGUUCGAUUGACACACUCCACAGAGGAUGUGGCAGCUUUAAUCGAAGCGGUUGAAGGGGAAAUAUAUACCCAUGCUUAUAUCUACUUAAAGAGGAAAAUGGAUUCACAGCUUUUUUACAAUUACUUCUUGGAAGAAAUGAAUAUUCUAGUAAAAUAUGUUAGAUGUCUGGCCAAUAAAUAGGCGUUAUUCUCCCAGUAAAACCAGCAGUCUUUGAACAGAAAUGGAGCUAAAUUGGUUGAUAUUCAUAGUGCAGCUCAACUGGUUUCACUUUGGAUGGGGCGAGUUUAUAGACUUUUGUGAAAUGCCCUACUGCGGAUCGAAUAACCUGGCCUGUAAUAAUCCAUCUAAAUACAGUGUCAUGUGUCCGCCGAAUGCCAGGACACUUUCCAUGUCGAGAUACCGAAAUGUCCUGCUGAAUGCCUUCAAUGAGUUUCGCAACUAUACAGCGAGUGGCAAGCAAAAGUAUCUCAAAGGAGCGGCUGCCCGGAUGUCCCGACUAAGUUACAGUACGGAUCUGGAGGAUUUGGCCCGAAUGGCGGUCAUCACAUGCUCCGCCCAUAAGUUUUGUUUGAGCUCACCGGAGUUCUACUAUGUGGGCACCAAUAUGGGAUCUACCUAUUAUCUGGGCAGCUUGAACGACUACGAGGAUUUGGAACUGAUGCUGAGGACCAUUCAGGACUGGACCAAAUAUGCGGAUUCUGUCAAUAUGAAAAUGACUCUCUAUAUGCCGACCAGAUUGGAGAAAAUUGGAACAGCUAAGGCACUUCUUCUUAUGACAGAUCGAAAUACCCAUGUGGGCUGUUCGGCAAUGCGAUUCACCGUGAACUCCGCCCACAGCUUCGUCUUCGUUUGCGCCUUUAGUACGGAUAUUUUCGUGGAACGACCCAUUUACCGGAUGUCAAGUAAACCGGGAAGUGCCUGCAAGCGUUUGGAUCCCACCUACUCAGCACUCUGUGCCGUUGGGGAGAACUAUGGGAAUAAUAAACCCGUUGCCAAUGCAAUGGUCUUUCAGUUGCCCCUCGACAUCUCCAAAGGUCGACAGUCCUAUGUGCCCGCCACAUAAAGCUAGCUUUAAGUAAACUUUAAAAUUCACAGAGCAA